CAUGUCCAAAAUACUGAAAUGUGCUGGAAACGAAGACAUCAUAACUCUCCGAGCAGAAGACAAUGCGGAUACAUUGGCUCUGGUGUUUGAAGCACCAAAUCAGGAAAAGGUUUCUGAUUAUGAGAUGAAGCUAAUGGAUCUUGACGUGGAGCAGCUUGGAAUUCCAGAACAAGAAUACAGUUGUGUAGUAAAAAUGCCUUCUGCUGAAUUUGCACGCAUCUGUAGAGAUCUCAGCCACAUCGGUGAUGCAGUUGUCAUCUCCUGUGCAAAAGAUGGUGUGAAAUUUUCAGCUAACGGAGAGCUGGGAAAUGGAAACAUCAAGCUGUCACAGACCAGUAAUGUGGAUAAAGAGGAAGAAGCUGUUACAAUAGAGAUGAAUGAGCCAGUCCAGUUGACCUUUGCUCUGAGGUACUUGAACUUUUUUACCAAAGCCACUCCCCUGUCACCUACAGUAACACUCAGCAUGUCUGCGGAUGUUCCUCUUGUUGUGGAGUACAAGAUUGCUGAUAUGGGACACUUAAAAUACUACCUGGCUCCAAAGAUCGAAGACCAACAAGAAGGCUCGUAAUUGGAGUAGGACUGAGGGGGAGGUCUGGUCAGCUCUUCGG